UCCCCGGGCGGCGGGGCCUCGGUUGCCAUGACAACCCUGACAACAGGCCGCGGAGAGGCAGGGGCGGCCUGCGAACAACCAGGCUGGUGUGGGACAAUAUGAAAACUUCAUGAUUUGGACACAUACAGUGUUUUUCUGGCCUGGUUGUUUAAAGAAAAAAAUCUCCUAGAAGGCCUUGAUAUUCUUAAAUUAACAGAUCAGCUCCUCCCUCUUGUUCUCUCAAGCAGCAAGGAAAGCUUUGCAAUUUUUGAUUGCUGGUUUCUGGUGAAGGAUACGAAGCAGCAGUUACUAAGCAUCUGUAUGCAGAGAACUAUUCUGUGGACUUGAGGAACAUACAUAAUAAGUAGAAGACACGAAACCUACCCUUGAAGAAUUUACCCUCCAAGGAGGGAGGCAAGUGGCCACAAGUUACCAACUGAACCAUUGGUAAAAGAGUAUGAGCAUGGAAGCAAAUGAUGAAAAAGAGCCCCACAAGGAAAUGGAAGAGCCAGAGGAAAGGGGUGAGAAUCAAAAUGGAGAAGAUGCCGCAGAUGCAGGCCAACAAGGGGCUGGGAGCGAGAUUGCCCCUGAGAUGCAGGAGGCAGAAGAGGAGAGGGCAGAAGAGGUGGAGGCGGAAGAGGAGGAGAUGGAAGAGAAGCCUGUCACCUCAUGGGACCUAGAACCUCACCCUGGGGAAUUAGAACCACUAGGAGAGGAGCCAGGGGAGGCAGAGGAAGAACCAGAGGCACCAGGCGUGUACCAGGAAGUAAGACCUGGGGAAUCAGGAGAACUAUUUGGAGAUCAGGAGCUGCCCAGUACAGACGUCCAGCCUAGAAGCCAGGAAUUCCUCAGAGACAAGCAACAAGACAUCGGAAGAGAAGCUGCUGAAAUUCAGGGAGAGGUGACAGAGGAACAGGGGCCAGGCCCCACAGAUUUCCAGUCUGAGCCACUGGAGGAAGACUUUUCCCAGAUGUUUCUAACUAAGAUGAAGGCGGUCCAGGAGAUUUUGCGAUCUCCCAGAACUCUGUCAGAAAAGAUGACAAAAGCUAUUGCAACAGUUCAAGUCCUGCUACUCCCUGAUCGUCAGACGAUCACGGUGUCUUUUAACGUUGGCUUUAUGCUAGGACUCCUCAAGCAACAAUUUGCCACACAGUUAAAGGUUCCUCACGAUGUCCUGCAGUUCACAUUUGGAGGGCGGAUUAUUAAGGACAAUGAGACCCUAAUGAGUGUUGGAGUGAAGCCCCAGGGAACCAUCCAGCUAGAAAUGUUUUCUGUAAAUCCAGAAUAUUAUCCCAUCAAAACAAUGGGGAUUCCACUGGAAAUAGUCAUGGCAGAUGUUAUAACAGUCAGAGUGCAAGCAGAUUCUGACACAUUCCAAGAUGUAGCUGUUGAGAUUGAGAAACCAACCUAUCAUAAACCAUUUCUGGGUGGAUACAGACACAAAGUAACAGGAAUAGAAUUUCACAAUGCAGGGACACAGACGGUUCCCAAAAAAAUACCUGAAAGAACAGGUAUAUUCUGCAGAGAAACUCAGACAGCUACAGAGAAGAAUAAGAUCCAACAAACUAGAAAUACCACAUGUACCCAGAUGACUAAAAUUGGUGUGUACGUGUCCAACCUGACCGACAAACUAAUAGAACCAGGGACGUAUUUUACAGCUGAUGAAUACCACGCACGGCGACUGAAAGCAAUAAUAGUGAUCCAGACCUAUUACCGAAGGUGGCACGCUCAAGAAGUAGUGAAGAACUUAAAAAACAUUAAGAGGGUGAGGUUGGAGUGGGAAGAAGAAGAAAAGAAGAGGAAAGAAAAAGAAAAGGCAGAAAAGUUACAGAAUGAGUAUGAUCGGAGGUGUAACCCCAAAGUGAAAGAAGACUUCGAACUGCUUUACCAUGCCUUAGAAGUCUGGAGACUGCAGCAAAUUGAUGACAUUAACCACACUUAUAUUGGGGCAGAGAGGAAAGCAGCUCUCUGUGAACUUCUGGAGGAAGAAACUCAGUUGAUUGCUUCAAUCGGGGAACAUAAGUUCAUUGCCAAUAAGGAGAACCAGCACAAGUCAAUUCAGUUCUUUUUGGAUAAGUGUGCAGCACCAAAGACCUGGAGAGCGCUUGAUGGGAAAAUAACUGAAAUGGAUACCCAGUACACGAUCAGAGCCAAAGAGCUGCGGGACAUCUACAAUUGCAUAGUAAUGAAAAACCUCUCUCAGGACGAGAGACUGGAUGUGCUGCUCACUCUCAAGCACACAGUGAAGGAACAGGAAUGCAAGCUGACCCAGGAAAUACUUGAAUUGAUUGACAGAGAGGUUGACCUUAUGAUGAGAGGAGUAAAAGACUGCAAUCUGGAAGGACUCAGAAAAAGAAUCACCACAUUAUUUCUGCAGUACAUAAAAACACCCAUGUUUAACCCUGAAGUGGCAAGAAUACUUAAGGUGCCCCAAGAUCCACUGAAGCUCUACAAGAACAUUCGCUUUUGCCGCAGCUGCAAAACUUACUUGCCCUCGACGGAAUUCUCCAUCUCCACCACCACGUUGCGCCAGGACAUCCAUUGUCGCCAGUGCUGCAAGCUGGACAACGAGGCGCGGUGCCGAGAGGCCUUCCUCCAGUUCAAGCUGCUCCUCAACAACCUCAGGAAGUCAGAAAUCAAUUACGAGGACAAAUCCACCAUCAUUUUCCUCAUACAGCUACCAGACCUACAGUACAUAGUGGAGAAAAUCUGGAAAUGUCAGUCAGCCCUCAGUGCUUGCAAUGAUCUCUAUAAUCUAACCAUGGUCAGAUGGGAUAAGAACAUUGAGUGGUCACCUUGGAACUGCAUCCUUCUAACCAAAGACGAGGCCACUGCUCAUCUCAACUUGAACAGUGUUGAAAAGGCAUAUGAAACGUUAUUUAUUCAGAGGAUCAAACAGAAGCACAUCCUCGCAAGGAAUCAUUUUGCUCGCAUCCCAGAGGUGUCCUCGUUUUUACUCGGCCAGCCUGAGGAGGAAAAAAUGAGCACGGCUGCUCUUUCUAUGGCCGGGGCUAUUCACGCUAAUUCAGAGACGAAAUCAUUCAAACAGCAGCAGUGUCCUCAGUAAAUGAUUUGAGAGAGUGGUAGUUAGGUAGCAUAAAACAUGGUGACUCUUUGGGGUGGCAUAAUUCUUGUGGAUAAUACAGCAAAUUGUAAAAAGUCACAUUUCCCUGCUGUAGUGCUCAAUUCCUGACAAGACCAAUAAGAUUACAAUCUAAUGCGAAACUGCCUGAUGGGUUUUCAAAUUAAAAAGCAAGUAUUGAGCCUAAU